CUUAUUACCCAAAUGUGAUACGGCCAAAACCGCCCACAUUUGGUCUUCCUUGUAUUCUCACGAACUUUUGUUGAGAAAGAUAAAAGAGGAAGAAAUGCGUGAAAAUCCCAAACUUAGAAACGCCUUCAAAGCUUCCAAAGAAUCAUCAAGUGAAGAGUCAAGUGAAUCAAGUGAUGAUUCAAGUGACUCAAGCUCUACGGAAGAGUCAAAUGAUGAAGAAGAUGAAGAGAAGACAAUGAGAAUGAAGUAUACGGAUUUCCUCAAAUGGAAGAAGUAUGUGAAGAGGAAAGAAGUAUACUCAAAGCCGAAAAAAGAACGGCAUAAGCCAAGCGAAGCUGAUCAAAUCUGCGGUCAUUGUAAGAAGAAAGGACACCAAGUAGACUCAUGCUUCAAACUGCAUGGAUUCCCCGAGUGGUGGCCACCGGGGAAUGACCGCGGGCGUGGCAGCAACCGUGGACGUGGCUCCGGGCGUGGGGGACAUCGCGGAGGCCGCGGCGGAAGAGGAACAGACGGGAAGGGCAGCGGACAGACGACAGCAGCGCACGCUGUAACUGCCGGCGACGGAGGAACAUCCAGACUUCUUGACUUUGAAAAUCUCACACCUUCUCAGUGGGAUACAAUUCGUCACGCUCUAUCUGUGUCAUCUACUCCAUAUGUUACUCCCGAAACAUUAACAGAUAAAGAGACCGAUCAACAACUUCCAGUGCCGGAUGGUCCAUUCCCAAUGGAAGAUGAUUUGAUCACACGGCUCCCAAAACAACCCGAUGCUGCAACACCUACAGUCUUCGACACCGCCACCAGCGACACAGCUCCGGAGCCCCUUCAGGCCAGCGAAGACACAACACCUGUAGCAGCAGGCGACGUGACGACAUCCAGCGCUGCCAGCACUGGCGGCAGCACCAGUGAUGAGUUGAAGGACCCACUACCCGACGAGGCAGCAUCCACUGCCGCCGAGACAGCACCCACUCCAGAAGCUGAUAUGAUUUCCAAACCACGAAUGUUCUGAGAUGCACGAUAGUCGAUUAUCACUUUUAUGAUAAUCGAUUGUUGGAAAUGACGGGGUAAAUAUGGCGGUGAUGAAGGAGUUCUUUUUGGUGUUUUGAUUUAUGAAGAUAGAAUAGAAUGUGGUAUAGGAAGAGAAAAUGGAGAGGAACGAAAUGGAUAGAGAACAAGGAUGGAUAAACCAAAUAAUGAAUAAGAGAUAAACACACUCUUAUUAUAUUUGGGGCUGAUAUCUAUUUCACACAAUAAUAAUCACUACUAAUGUAUAAAAUAGACUCCUAACACACACUCAAAAGUAGCCAACUUUAGAGAUAUUUCAUUAGGAAAUUUGGUUAAAAUAGUAUCACACUAUUUUAAGAGAAUACUCAAAAGAGUAAACAAAGUUUUUCAUUCAAUACAAUCUGGUGUACAAU